GCUCCUGCAGAUCCCCGAGAGCCCCGCUGCUCUCCGGCUCCGCGGCUUGUGGUCGGGAGGGUCCCACCACGCCCGCCCUCCGCACAUCGCUCCGGGACCCUCGUAGUGGACUCGGCUUCUGCCCGCCAGGCUCGGGCCACAGACCCCCACCAGUCGCCUGUCAUCAUUGCAGUUCCUGCGUCUCCAGCUUUUCUAACUCAAGAUGCCGUCGGGUUUCCAACAGAUCGGCUCUGAAGAUGGGGAACCCCCUCAGCAGCAAAUGACUGGGACCCUGGUCCUUGCUGUAUUCUCAGCUGUGCUUGGCUCCCUGCAGUUUGGCUAUAACAUUGGGGUCAUCAAUGCCCCGCAAAAGGUGAUUGAACAGAGCUACAAUGAGACCUGGCUGGGGAGGCAGGGGCCUGAGGGACCUGGCUCCAUCCCACCAGGCACGCUCACCACCCUCUGGGCUCUCUCCGUGGCCAUAUUCUCUGUAGGUGGCAUGAUUUCCUCCUUCCUCAUUGGCAUCCUGUCUCAGUGGCUAGGAAGGAAAAGGGCUAUGCUGGCCAACAAUGUUCUUGCAGUGCUGGGGGGCACCCUCAUGGGCCUGGCCAAAGCCACUGCCUCCUAUGAGAUCCUCAUUCUUGGACGAUUCCUCAUUGGUGCUUACUCAGGGCUAACAUCUGGGCUGGUGCCCAUGUAUGUGGGAGAAAUCGCCCCCACUCACCUUCGGGGAGCCUUGGGGACACUCAAUCAACUGGCCAUCGUCAUUGGCAUUCUGAUAGCCCAGGUGCUGGGCUUGGAGACCAUGCUGGGCACUGCCACCUUAUGGCCACUGCUCUUGGGAAUCACAGUGCUGCCUGCCCUCCUGCAGCUGGUGCUGCUACCCUUCUGCCCUGAGAGCCCCCGCUACCUCUACAUCAUCCGGAACCUGGAGGGGCCUGCCCGAAAGAGUCUGAAGCGCCUGACGGGCUGGGCCGAUGUGUCUGAUGUGUUGGCUGAGCUGAAGGAUGAGAAGCGAAAGCUGGAGCGUGAGCGGCCACUGUCUCUGCUCCAGCUUCUGGGCAGCCACACCCACCGGCAGCCCCUGGUCAUUGCAAUUGUGCUGCAGCUGAGCCAGCAGCUCUCUGGCAUCAAUGCCGUCUUCUAUUAUUCAACCAGCAUCUUUGAGUCAGCAGGGGUGCAGCAGCCAGCCUAUGCCACCAUAGGAGCUGGCGUGGUCAACACCGUCUUCACCUUGAUCUCGGUGUUCCUGGUGGAGCGGGCCGGGCGCCGGACACUCCAUCUCCUGGGCCUGGCAGGCAUGUGUGCCUGCGCCAUCUUGAUGACUGUGGCUCUGCUUCUUCUGGAGCGAGUUCCAGCCAUGAGCUAUGUCUCCAUCGUGGCCAUCUUUGGCUUUGUGGCUUUCUUUGAAAUUGGCCCUGGCCCCAUCCCCUGGUUCAUCGUGGCCGAGCUAUUCAGCCAAGGACCUCGGCCGGCAGCCAUGGCUCUGGCUGGUUUCUCCAACUGGACAUGCAACUUCGUCAUCGGCAUGGGUUUCCAGUAUGUUGCGGAUGCUAUGGGACCCUACGUCUUCCUUCUAUUUGCGGUUCUCCUGCUUGGCUUCUUCAUCUUCACCUUCUUAAAAGUGCCAGAAACCCGAGGCCGGACGUUUGACCAGAUUUCAGCCGCCUUCCGUCGGACACCCUCUCUUUUAGAGCAGGAGGUGAAACCCAGCACGGAACUUGAAUACUUAGGGCCAGAUGAGAACGACUGAGGGGCAAGGCCAGGGUGAGAGCCAGCUAUCUCCACCCAAGACCCCUCCUCUCCUCUGCAGCACUUUAACCCUUUCUUCCCAUUACUUCCAGGGUGGAGAAAACCCUACAGCCUGGGAGAAUUGGGAAGCUGAAGGAAAGGGUGGUCUGAGCACCCCCCUCAUUCCCCCUUGUGUGAUUCUCUUGGAUUAUUUAUAUGUCAUGGUUAGGCUGUGGCCACUGGGAUGGGCCAUUGUCCCUUUUCUUCCUACCCCCACCUAGACACCAGAAUAGUUUUAUCCCUCUAGAGAAGGGGGAUUGCAGGAGUAGAGGUUGUCGACUUGCUUUUUUAGUGGGACAAAUGGAGGCAGAGAGCAAGACAUGAGGUCAAGUUUCCUACCACCUUGGACUCUUCCUGCAAUUUGGCACUUUCACCAAAUUCUUGCCACAUAGCCUCUGGGUGAAGGGGCUUCUGUCUUGACCCCCUCCAGGGCAAAGGACAAACCCUCCCAAAUCUAGCCUCUCCUCUCUUCCUGCCAACUCAGCUUUCUGGGGUGAGAGGGAACACAAUAGCAUGUACUUACAUGUGGCAAGAGGGACAGCAGGCGUCCGCCUCUAGACUUAGGGCCUUAUCUCAGCUACUCCUGCCAAGUGGAGGCCCCAGCUCUUUCCUCUACUCCCAUGCUGGAAGGGUACCACAGGCUUUUGACCAACUAAGGGCAAAAGGGGAAUUGAAAGGCUGCCUGUAAACAUUAGCUGGGAAAAGCCUUUGGAUAUUUUUGUAUGUGUUUGAAGAAGGAGUAGGGAGCAAAAACCAAAGGGCUACUGUUUUAAAUGUGUAUAUAUAGAUUCAUUGAUAAAGUCACUGAAUGAAGA